GGUUGGGGUGGGUGAUGGGUCAGGUGGACGCGUUCGGCGGUGGCCUGUCCUUCUCAGCCUGAGCUCGUUCCCCGAGCCUGGGCCCUCUGGGCUCUCGGAGUUGCCUCCAGGGCGCUUUCACGGUUCCCCACGCCCGCGGUCCCCGUCCUCGCCCCCUCCAAGCCCGGCGGGUCGCACGGCACGGGGCGGGGCCUGCAGCGGUGACGGACGCGAAGUGGAGUUCCAGGUUGGCCGACUCUGAGCUGUUCAGGCCUCAUGCUGUACUUCAGAUUCCCUUCCAUCUCCACCGCCAGGACUGAGGGCUCUGCUUGCUCUUGCUACCUCCGGUUCCACCUGAGCUGAGGCUUUACAUCCAUCCCGGCAGCUUGGAGUUUCCGUCUGAAGAUUGUGGUCACCUGGCCUGAGGAACCCCAGCCUCGUCAUGGACCCAGAGUGCUCCCGGCUCCUCCCUGCUCUCUGUGCCGUCCUGGCAGACCCCAGGCAGCCUGUGGCAGACGACACUUGUUUGGAGAAGCUGCUGGACUGGUUUACAACAGUAACCGAAGCAGGGUCCAGCCUCCUGUUACUACAGGAGAAUCCCUGCCUGGUAGAGCUGCUGUUCCGCGUGCUGAAAUCCCAGGACCUAAGUUCCAGAAUCCUCUCCUUCUCACUCCGCCUCGCAGGGAUAUUUGCAGCCCAGGAAAACUGCUUCCAGUAUCUUCAGCAGGGGGAGCUGCUGCCCAUGCUCUUUGGGGAGGUGGGCCCCCUUGGAGGAGCAGCCUGGACGGCCCCCGCUGUGCGCAGCGGCUGGAUCCAGGGCCUGCGCACCCUGGCACAGCACCCUAGUGCCCUGCGCUUCCUUGCCGCCUGUGGUGCCGUUGACACCAUCUUCUCCCUGCAGGGAGAUUCCAGCCUGUUUGUGGCCUCGGCAGCCGGGCAGCUCCUGGUGCACAUCCUGGACUUGGCGAUGCGAGGCCCAGCCGAGGGCCGCUGCAGUCCGCAGGCUUGUGACUGGCCAGCAUGUGCCCAGAAGAUUGUGUGUCACAUCGAAGACUCCCUGUGCUCCAUAGCCACCCCGCAGGUCACACAGGCCCUGAAUGUCCUGACCACCACGUUCGGGCACUGCCAUGGCCUUUGGACGCAAGGCCUUUGGGUGCGGCUGAGCCCCCUCGUGGCCCGCCUGCUCGAGAAAGACCCUGUCCCAGCCUCACACUCGCUCGUGGAUCUUCUCCUCAGCGUGGCCCGUUCUUCUGUGCCGAGUUCUGACUGUGGCCUGUGGGAGACUUUGGCCCGGACUCUGAGCCGCUUGAGCCCCACACAGGCAGGGCCUCUGGCUUUGGGGAUCCUGAAACUGCAGGACUGUCCACAGGCGCUGAGGACCCAGGCCUUUGGCAUCCUCCUCCAGCCCCUGGCCUGUGUCCUGGAAGCUGCUGCUCAGGCCCCUGGACCUCCAGGCUUGCUGGGUGGGGCCGCAGGCGACCCGAUGACGGUGGACACGCUCCUCUGCUCCAAGUCGGCCUGCGUGGGUCUCCUGUGCUGUGCUCUCGCCCACCUGGGGCUGCUGCAUCCGCUGCCCCAGCGCCCCUCGCCCUGGCCGCAGGCGCACCUGCUUGGGGCUGCGGUGACAAUACUGCGGCUCUGCAGUGGCUCAGCGGCUCCCACCUCCGAUGUGGGCGGCCGCCUCUGUGCGAUCCUGGUGGGCUGUGGCCGGGUCCAGCGAGCUGCCCUGGAUUUCCUGGGGGCGCUGUCUCAGGGGACCGGCCCUCAAGAGUCGGUGACGCAGGUGUUCUCCGUUCUCCUGGAGUACCUCACGAGCCCUGAGUCCAGCUCCAUGGUUCUGAAGAAGGCCUUCCAGGCCACACUCAGGUGGCUCCUGAGCUCACCCAAGACCCCCGGCUGCUGCGACCUGGACCCCCGCACCCAGCUGUUCCUGAGGGAGCUGCUUCCUGUGCUACAGAAGCGCCUGUGCAGCCCCUGCUGGGAGGUGAGGGACUCGGGCCUCGAGUUCCUGACCCAAAUGACCAGACACUGGGGAGGGCAGGCCGGCUUCAGACAAGCGCUCCUUGCUUCAGAGGUGCCCGAGCUCACCAAGCAGCUUCUGCGAGACCCUGAGAGUUACGUCCGCGCGAGCGCAGUGACCGCCACAGGGCAGCUGUCCAGCUGGGGGCUGCUUGCCGCUCCUGCCAGCCCUGAGCGCCCAGGGGCUCAGCAGGAGAGCCUGCUCCUGGCGCUUCUGCACAUCCUCUCCGCGGACUCGGAGGGCUUCCCCCGGAGGGCCGUCAUGCAGGUCUUCACCGAGUGGCUGAGGGAUGGCCAUGCUGACGUAGCUGAAGACCCGGAGCGGUUUGUGGCCCGAGUGCUGCAGGCGGCGAGCAGGGACCCGGACUGGGAGGUGCGGGCCCAGGGCCUCGAGCUGGCGCUGGUGUUCCUGGGGCGGCUGCUGGGCCCGCGCGGCUCCCACUGUCCCUGCGCCGUGGCCCUGCCCGAGGCAGCCCCGCCUGGCGCGCUGGCCCAGGCCCUGCAGGUGCUCUGCCGUGUGCAGCUCUUUGAGUUUGCCUUCCGUGCCUUGUUUGACUGUGACCGACCUGUGGCCCAGAAGUCCUGUGAUCUUCUCCUAUUCCUGAGGGCCAAGGCUGCUCCCUGUGGCAGCCCACAGGAGGCGGGGGACAGUCCCAACGUGGCCUCUGUGGAGGCCACCCUGCAGAGAUGGCAGGCAGGUGAGCAGGGUCAGCCCCUGGGGUACCUGGAGCCUGGGGCCGUCAUGGCUGUGCUGAGGUCUAUAGACCUGGAGGGCCUUCGGGACACUCUGGCUGAGAGCAGUGACCACGUGGAGAAGAGCCCCCAGUCACUCCUGCAGGACAUGCUGGCUGCCGUGGGCGUCCUCGGGGAGAACGAGGCCGACUGCUACUGACCCGCCUCGUGGCGACCUCCCCAGGACCCUGCUGCUGCACCACGUCCCGUCCUCGGGCCCUGCCAUCCUGAGGGCUCUGGUCUGGCCUGGCUGCGCAAGGGACCCUCCAGGGAAGCCAGGACCGGGUGAGCCCAGCAAGCUCAAAGAGCCCCACAUUUUGAUGUAUUGCUGCAGAAGUGGCUUAUUUUCUACUCAAAAUAAAUGUGAUUUGACGGUG